AACUUUCAGCAAUGUUUCUUCAGAAGUCACUUGAAUCAUGAACAUAGAAUUGAUAUAUUUCAUCUGAUAGUUGUAAAGAAAUUCACAAACCUACUGCCGUUUGCGAAUGGGACUAAAAUCGGCAACAUUUAUCGCCGACGUUGCCUAGCCGAGCUCAGGCGCGGUUCUGAACAAAACAAACCGCGUAUGUCAACACGGUUCUAUCUUCGAUUUCACCAACGACAACAACUUGAAUUAUUUGCUUUACGAUGCCUCGAGUUGCGCAAAACCCACGCGGGGCCAGUACUGGCCGGGUGGCCUCUGGAUCUAUGGCUGCAUCACCUUUCAAAUCACCUGUAAAGAUUCCUCUCAACGACGAUGCGCAAGAGAAAGCAAAGCGAUUGCAAUCGCGCCAUGCUCUGCACGAUAUACAGAUGAAUCAGAUUAAAGCCGCUGCAUCCCCUAUGCGAAAACAAGCUACAUUCGACACUCCAGAAGGCUCUUCCCCCUCCUCAAGUACGAAAACUCCGCGACGGACACUAGGGAAAGAGAAUGAUCUCGAUGGAGGAGUGCUUAUGGUGGGAGGAAGUGCUGUUACGCCCAUGAAGCGCGUACCCAUACUGGCCAAUUUUGAAGAAUGGAUGAAGAUGGCAACGGACAACAAGAUCAAUGCAGCCAAUUCAUGGAACUUCGCACUGAUCGAUUAUUUCCACGACAUGUCGUUACUGAAGGAAGGUGACGGUGUCAAUUUCCAGAGAGCCAGUUGUACUUUGGACGGUUGUGUCAAGAUUUAUACCAGUAGAGUCGACAGCGUUGCAACCGAGACUGGCAAGCUCUUAAGUGGUCUGGCCGACAGUGGAAACAACAAAAAGAAGAAGGGCGAAAACGAGGAAGGAGAAGAGAGCGAGGAGGAAGUCGAAGACGAGGAUGGUGUUGUGAGGAAGAAGCCAAAGAAGCGGGCACAACGCUCAUCCGAAGCAACCUUAGCAAGCUCAUUCGCAGCACUCCAGCUAAAGAAAUUUGAGCUCGAAUUCUCCGUGGAUCCUUUAUUCAAAAAGGCCUCUGCCGAUUUUGAUGAAGGGGGAGCUAAAGGUCUACUUCUGAACCACCUGGCUAUUGAUUCACAAGGUCGCAUUGUUUUCGAUAGCAGCGACGAUGCAGGUGAUGCUUCUGCCGAAGGUCAAGGUCGAAGGAGAAAAGAUGAUGCCCUGGUGGAGGAAGACGAAGUCGAUCCAGACUCAAUGAUUGAAACCACUAUGAAGGAUGCGGAAGAAGAAGAUGAUAUUGAGAUUGACAUUGGUGCUCUGGGUAGCAAAUUCUUUCCAAAUCUCGAUCGACUCGAUGAGCAAGACAUUUGCCCAUCUCUCAAAAACUUCGACCUUGGAGAUCCUUCUUCUGCUAUGGACAUCCCAUUCUUGAAAGCCCCGGAAGAUUGGCGACAGGACAAGGAAAAGGAUCAACCGGGUGAGGCUGCCGGUUUGGCGGAUAAGUCAGGGUUCUUUCUCGAUGAUGAUAAUGCUGCUGGAUUUGAUGACGAUGACGAUGGCAUGCUCGCAAACUUUGACAUUCCAGCGGAUGCUGGAUUUGGCGAAGGAGGAGAAGCGUGGGCUCGUGAUGCUGCGAUCGAAACUCGAAUGCGUGUCCACGAUGGAGGCUUCGACAACGAUGGCAUGGGCGAAGAUGGCGAUGGUGAGGGUGCUGGCACUUUCGACCCAGAAACUGGCGAAUACGUCGUGUCAAUGGAUCAUAGUGGUAAAACUCAAGGUGGACACGAUGACAUUCUGAGCUACUUUGAUGAAGCACUGCAGAAGAACUGGGCUGGAAUUGAGCACUGGAGAAUAAAGAAGAUCAAGGACAUUAACAAGCCUGCGUCGGCAACCAAGCCUCGCAAGGAAAAGGAGCCAUUUGAGAUAGACUUCAUGUCACCACUAAAUGCUACUCUAGCAGAGUCGAUCUACACCCCAGCAUCAUCAAACACAGUCAUAUCUCUCCCCAAGAAGGACUGGAAAUCGAAGACAAGAAAUCUGCUUCCAGAUGAUAAGCAUUUCAAUUCGAAACAAUUGCUACGACUAUUCCUGAAGCCCAAAGCACGUAUGGGUAGCCGCAAGAUUGGGUUUGGAACCAAAACCAGCAGCUUUGGCCAACGAAAGGAAGAAGAUGUCCCAGAGGGUGAAAUGGAUGAAGCAUACUGGGCACAGAAAGAAGGACCAGUUGGAGGUGACGAGGAUGCACCGGCUCAGGGUGACUAUGAUGCGAACUUCUUCCAAGAUGAUGGUCUUCCUAUGGGAGGUGGUAUCGAUGACGACGACGAUAUGGAGUUUGCUGAUGCACGAGACCACUUCUCACCGGGUGCUGAAGAUCGUGGAGAAGGUGGUAUGGCCGGCAUCAAUAACAUAUUGAACGGAGGUAUGGCCCAAACCAUCGAGGGUGAGGAAGGGGCCUUUGGAACACAACUCGUCACCCAAAGUCGGCGAUUGAGACCCGAAUAUGUUCAAUAUGCUCGUGUCGCGAAGAAAGUCGAUGUCAGACGACUCAAGGAAGAAUUAUGGAAGGGCAUGGGUAUUGAUGAUCUUGUACCUAGCGUACCUGCGCAGACCCCGGGACGGUUACCGACUCCCCAACCAGAGAUCAAGAAGAGUGCAGAUGGAAGUUUGAAGUUUACAUCCGUGAUGCAGAACUUACAAAGCGUCUACCCCAAACAAGCGAUGGACGAUAUUUCGACCAGUUACUGUUUCAUCUGUCUCCUCCAUCUAGCCAACGAAAAGGGCCUGGUCAUCGAGAAACAGGAGGGGCUCAUGGAGUUGGACAUCAGAAAGGAUCCAACCGCUGAGAUCACCGUCGGGGAAUGAUUGUUUGUCAAGAGUCGUUUGUGUAUCUGUAUGCGAUGGAUGGAUGCCAUUGGCGGCGUUUACGGUGGGACAGGGCUGCAUAAUGUGAAACGAGAACCUGCAAUGAUCACCCAUUCUUACGACCAAAUUUUCCUGACCCUCACGUGAAAUCAUUCCUUCUCAGAAGAUCGCUCGCACCAUCACUUUGAGUUAUGCAUCUGAAGAUAAUGCCCCA